CUGACCUCAUUUCCGGAACAAUGGCCGCCAAAACAAUGGCAAGAGUGUUUACAAUCUCCGAACCCAACUUAACUCAGCUCCUAAAAUACAGAGUCCGGGUAUUUAGGCUGUCAGGUGUUUUGUGAAGUAUGCCGUGAAUAAUAAGCCUCGGUUACAGCGUGGUAUUUAUUUAUGAAGUGCGACACCGCUAACUUAGUUUGCUAACUCUACUGCUAGCUUAGCCACAGCUGAUGCUAACUGGAGCAGAACCCGGAGAACAUAAUGCCAAGCACGAGCGCGUUGUAGUCAGCUGUGUCCGAUCCUAGUGCUUCAGAAGUAACGAGCUGAGCAGCCUCUUCUCAUACAGACGCCUGCUAGCUAUUCUGUCUGCUCAGCAGCACUAAAUGCUAGCUGACUGCAGAUCAGUGAGCGUGAAAAAAUGUCCAGUCCAAACGCAAACACACCGCGACUACCAGGACCUCCUGGGAGCGGAGAGAAGGAGGACCAGGUCAUGCAGCCGGUUCUGUUUGAAAUCUUUGGGGAGAUGUGGAAGGUGCAGGCUCGGUUAGGACAGGGAGGUUCUGCCUCUGUGUACCGGGUUAGCUCUGCCAGGUCCAGCUCUGCUGCUGUCAAAGAGUUUCUCCUGGAUGCACAGGGUGGAGAUUACGGCUAUCUCAAAGAAAGAUCCGUGCUAGAGGACAUCCAGGGCCACAAAAAUAUCGUGACACUGUAUGGCGUGUUCACCAAUCACAACCCGCUCAGCAUAGCGACCCGCUGCUUGUUGCUGGAGCUUCUGGACGUGAGUGUGUCGGAGUUGCUGGUGAGAGGCAGCAGUCAGGGCCACUCCAUGUGGCUGAUCCAGCACUGUGCUCGUGAUGUCCUGGAGGCGCUGUGUUUCCUGCACCGAGAGGGAUAUGUGCACGCUGACCUCAAGCCUCGCAACAUUCUCUGGAGCCCUGAUGAUGAGUGCUUCAAGCUCAUCGACUUUGGGCUCAGCUUUAAAGAGGGGCACCAGGAUGUGAAGUACAUCCAGACAGAUGGCUACCGAGCCCCCGAGGCUGAGCUGCAGAACUCGCUGGCUCAGGCAGGACUGGAGGGAGACUCGGGCUGUACCACCGCUGUGGAUCUCUGGAGUCUGGGCAUCAUUCUGCUGGAAAUGUUCUCAGGAAUCAAGCUAAAAGAAACUGUCAAGUCUCAGGAAUGGAAGGACAACAGUGCUGCAAUAGUGGAUCAUAUCUUUUCAAGCAAUUCCUUAGUGUACCCUGCUAUCCCUGUCUACCAUCUAAGAGAUCUCAUCAAAAGCAUGCUUCACCACAACCCAAACCGCAGAAGCACAGCCGAAGCUGCACUGAUCAGCCCCUUCUUCAGUAUUCCUUUUGCUCCUCACAUUGACGAUUUGGUUCUGCUGCCUACACCCGUCCUCAGACUGCUCAACAUAAUCGAUGACAGUCAUUUACACAACGAUGAUGAAUAUGAAGACAUUAUUGAGGACAUGAGAGAAGAAUGUCAGAAAUAUGGAUCAGUCUUAUCGCUGUUGAUUCCAAAAGAAAAUCCUGGUAAAGGCCAGGUCUUCGUUGAGUAUGCAAACGCUGGAGACUCCAAAGAAGCCCAGAGGCUGCUGACAGGCCGCACUUUUGAUGGCAAAUUUGUGGUGGCCACGUUCUACCCGCUGAGUGCCUAUAAGAGAGGUUAUCUGUAUCAGACCGUGCAGUAAGGGGCUACACGUACAGUAACACAUCUACACAAUCUGUUCCAGUACGAAGAUUGCUUAGUUGUGAAGUCUGUUAUCUCGAAUAAUCUUUACUACACUUUACUACAUUUAUGUGAGCUACAUACACAUAGUGUGGAUACAUAUUGGUACGCAAGUGUGUUUUCUUCCAUGGCUUGCUUAUAUAAUGCAAUAAGGAACUGUGAUUCUUUAGAGAAAGAUAAGGAUCACCAGAACUAUCUUUACAAGAUCUUACUGUGACUCCAACACUGCUUUCACACAAUGUUUGUAUCAUAUUUCUCAGUUUUCUGCUUUAGUUCAUACUGUUUCUGAAAGCCACUGACUUCAUUUACACACAUUUCUUGCGUCUUGGAUCUGGAUUGCUGAUCCUGAUAAGAUUUUAACCAUAUUCAUUUACACUUUUAGCCGUGCGUGUGUCUGAAUGGCCAGACUGAAAUCUGUUAGCUGUACUGCACGUUAAUAUGCAAAUCAGCUCAUUACAUUCGAACACCUUUGUCUUUCUGUGUUGUUUUAAAUUUUACUACGUGUCAACUUCGGCAUUCACAGAGCAUUACUUAUUGGGUUUGUUAAUUAUGGUUUGGAGAGCGAAUCUGCAUUUACACUUUCUUUUUUAUGCUUAUAAUCUCAAUCCGGAUAUAAUCCUGAUACACAUGAAACUCCUUUCUUUCUCUUUUUGGUGAUUACCUGAAAUCUAUAAGUCUUCUAAAAGGCUGCACAUAUUUAUGAAUUAUUGGCAAAAAAAUGCAUACUACUGCUUACACGGUGUUGAAGUCUGAACAUUUUCAGUCUACUUUAAAGUGAAAAGAGACAGAAAUGUUACUUCACCAGACAGCACAAACAAGAUGAUAAUGUAGUUGUUAUCUCUUUCUACUAGGAUUUUGAAGAAGUACAUUUACUGUAGAACUUGAAUUUCUAAAGUGUUAUAUCAGUUUAAUGUUAAUUUGUUGUGAAACAAUUCAGCGCCGCUCCUUUUGGUGUAGAACUCAUGCAAUACUUUAUCAGUUUGCGGUCUUGUGAAAAAUCUUUUACAGCUUGUUUCGUAAAAGCAAAUGCGUGAGGUGAUCUGGGAAAACCGGAAUCGGAAUGCUGCUGUGGCUGAAUUCUGGCAAAUAGCCAAAAAAAGAAAAGAAAAGAAAAUACACUCUCUUUGUACUUUUUACUCUUGCCUACGCUAUCUUCCAGGAAGGAUCAUACUGGCUGAGGAUCCAUUUUAACAAAUGUGGGACUAAAAACAGUCAGUCUGCCGAAUGUUGUCUAAAACCUCGCUAGUUAAAUGUGAUUUCUUCACACAGCGAAUGUCACGCUUUGAUCAUGCUACAUAUAAGCCUAAUAAAUUCAGUCUGUAAUCAAAUACCGGCUAUCAAAAUGUGCCUUUAAAUGCAGUUUUCCCUUUUUUGAUUGCGAUACACGCAAAGAAAUACAUAUUUCAGUUCAAGAAUUUCUACAGCUUUCAGAACUAUGUAUAAUAGAAAAUGCUAAAGUUUCACUGUGUGAAGGGUUUUCCCAGGCCGCCACACAUUUCCGUUUGCCAGUUGCUAUGAAUAUUACACUGAACGUGUGAAUGCUUCUUAGCUUCCUGGAGUUAUUCUGCUCUCUUUGUAGCAGCUCUUCACUGUGGUGCUUUGAUAUUCUCACUCGUUGUUCACGCUGCUGCAUUCAUGAUGACGCUUCACCACAGUAGCAUAAUGGGUUUUUUUAUUAAAACAUUGUAAGCCAGGUUUUGAAAUUUGAUAAUACUCUAGAUGAUGGGUGGAUACUCUGUUUGAAUACAGGUUGUGCCUCAUCAUAUUCUGGUUCUGUUCAUUACGCUUGUGUUUUUUUUUUUGUUUGUUCACACUUGUACUCUUAAUGGUACUUAAGAGCAUUAACAAAAGCCAGAAUCAGGGAUUUUCAGUAUAGCAGAUUGGUAGCUCUGGCAAUGAAAUAAAAUAAGGAGUCUUGCACAUCCAUGUUUUCCUUUUCAAGUAACGAUAAGAAUCAGGUAUCACUGACACAAAGAACAAAAUGUUCGUUAGUUUAUAUUCGCAGUGGAGAUAAAGCCUUGACUGUUUUAGUCUGGUGUGUUAAGAAAAUGUUUUAUGAUAUAAAAAAAAAAAUAGCAUUGCAAAUUCCUGAUUGUGAGUUUUUUCUCUAUAGUAGCUCUAAAAGUUUGCAUGGCUUUAUUGAAGCUAUUCAAAGCUCUGCUCAGUAAGCAUACGCAGUUGACUUUGACCCUGUGUGUUUGCAGUUGCUUUCGGAUCGAGAUAAAGUUGUUUAGUCUUCCAGGCCUUUGUUUUCAGGGUUUGUAAUUAAGGAAGACAGUGUGAAAAAAGAAAGCAAGCCUUAGACAGUUUUUCUAAGAAAAUUUUUAAGAGUGUUGAGGUUUGUAGGUUGCACAUUACUACUGAUCGAAGUGUGUUACUGCGCUGUUUUGGGGAGGGGUGCGGGAUGGACAGGGUAGUGACAGAAGCUUUUUGGUUUUUAAUCUUUCAUUUUAUUUUUUUGUGAGUUUGUGGAGUUCUGCAUAUGUGAGCUGCACGAUUAUUCUUGGAGCUGACAAAUGUAAUAAUUACAGCUGGCUAAAGUGGUAGCUAAUGCAGUGUAAUAGUGUUUGCAGUGCUAGUUAGCUAGGUAAGUGCAUUAAUACAGACACAGAUAAACAAGUAUAUGAUCAUUUUACAAUUACAAUUUUGUAAAAAUGUACAAUUUUGCUCAUUUGGCUGACGCUCUUAUCCCAAGCUACUUGCAGUUGAGGCAGGAUACAACUGAACAUGUAAGGGUCUUUCUCAUGGACCCAACCAAGGCAGCUUGGUGCUGCUGGGAUUUGAACUCUUCUGAUCAGUAGCCCAAAGCUUUAAUCACUGAGCCUUCCUGUAGCACAUCAUGUUUAUAAAAAAAAAAAAAAAAAGUCAGCAAGUCACUGGCCAGCAUUUUAUGGUGUUCUCUCCUCGCAUUGCACAUAAAAGCCAUUGAAACUGACUCAAUUUCUUUUAAUCAUGAAGUGACUGUUUAUGGUAACCGGAGAUUUAUGUGACAGUUUUGUGUUCAGCUUUGUUUUGCUCAUCGGAGCACGCUAAUUAAUUCGGCAUGCAGGGUAAGUUUUAACUAAUUAGUGAUUGGAUUUCAGAAAAAGAGGUUUCUGGGUUUUUCUUUUUUUCACACCACAAGAGUAACAGGUUUAUCUACAGCUGCAAAACCCUCUCAAAAUCCUGGCUCAGCUAACUCAUUCACUGUUGAAACACCACUACUGCGCUACAGCGAAGUGCAAGUUUAUACAUAGCCACACAACAAUUGAAAGAUUUUGUAUUGCAAAAGUCUUUCUGGUUGUUGAAUCAACUUUCUGCCAGGCAGCUAUGAAUUAAAAAGAACAAAUCAAAUAGUUCAAACACAAAAUCAGACUACUGAUAUGUCCAUCCUUUUCCUUUGACUAUUAAUGUACCAAAUAAAACCCUGAGCUAACUGAACAAGAGUAAACGAAAAAUACUGUGACUCUAGUAUAAACAUUUCAAUUCUAUACACCCUGCUGAAUGAGGAGAUACGAUUCAAACAAGCACAUAAUGAGUAAGAAUGACUAUCGGCCACACUGAUACUGGCAAGACCUUUUAUCGUGUAACACAUUAAUCGUGGUUUAACUGCCUGUGAGCACCUUUGAUUAGCCUGGCUAUUUCUGCUCUGCAGGGUGGGACAGGUGAAUGCAUAUUUGCAUAAGCGGUCAGACUGGGUUACUGAGUGAUUCUCAUUUAUCACAAAGACACGAUCAAAGGAAAAAAGGUGUGCCUUGGUUUUGGUUUAACCUCUCUUUUGAGUCAGGUUAUGUCACAACAACUGUUGGGUUACAGAUGGAUUACAAAAAUUGAGCUGCAUAAAUUAUGAGUUAUUUUUGAGAACUGCAUGAGUAUGCAUGAGUCAGUGUAGUUUUGGGUCUUAGCUGGAAAGAGAGAGUAGGACGUGGUGCACUGGAGCAUGUCAGUCAAGCUCGCCCACAUGCAACAUGCUUAAUCCUGCCUACGCUAGGUAUUUAAGCUAUUUAAGAGAUUUGAACAUCUGAGUAUACUGGAUUAAUGAAUGUUGGCUGUUUAGAAGUGAUUGUUGGGUUUGCUGUUUGCGAGCGCUGUUACAGCAGGGGUUCCAUGGCGAGCUCAGCUACCCUUAAAGUCUAUUUUACAUGCUUGCUGGCAUAAAGUUCUGAAUUUGAAUCACUGCAUUAUUGCCACCGUUGGUUAAUGGUGUUACGUUAGCAGACGGUCAGUCGCUAGGUCCCUCACAGUGCUGGGCGAUACGACAAGAUGAUAUUGAUACCAUAAUGUUUUUUGUACAUCAUCAGAUUGCUGUGCUUUUUUUUAAACUCCAUUAUUUACUACUAAGCAAAUAAUUGGUCCAAAAAAUUGAUUUGCCAUUGAUUGGGACCUUAAUCAAACAAAAUAUUGUGAUUCAUACCAUGUAUAGUAGACAUGUCUUUAAGUAUCAUAUGAUAUUUUUCCAUAUAACACAGCUCUGUUCAAUUUUCCAUUCUGAUUUAUCAGAAGGUGUUGAUUUAAUUUUGUGUAACAGUUCCAGCUACAAGGUUUAUAUUAAUGCACUUGUCCUAAAACAUUUCUAUAAUAACCAUGUACACAGUGACUUGAAUGGCAGAUGAUGUACAUAAACGUAAUUGCUGAUAUGGUGAAGUUUUCUGUAAAGUGAUUCAUUUAACAUUUAUGGAAAGAGUCUCUUUGUAAAAAUCGAUUUGCGACAGUCAGCGGUAAAGCUGUAACUUUACGUUUUCUGCCAUGGGAAUGUCUUGGCCAUGGGAAAGACAGAGGAUGAUUACUAGACUGUUUAUAGCUGUUCUAACGUAAGCGUUAACAGGAACUUGUUUCACAGAUGUUCCCCAAUAUUAAAUGUGAAGAUAACCGGAUGAAAAUAUAUGGCAUGUUGUUCUUUAAUGAACAAAAAUUGUAUUAGAAAAUUGUUGUGGUACAAGAGGAAGAAAACACUUCAGUACAUGAUGCUUUUGUGUCAGGCCACAUCACACCAUUCCAAACCACUGAUGAUUUUCCUAUAAUAGCAUGCCCAAAUGUAUUUCCUGCUUACUUAUUGCACACUCCUAGUGCUUCAAGGCAUCUGCCCUGUACACCCUUAUCGAAGGAGAAACUGAGCUUGCCAGUUCUCUAAAACAGCCUUAAGUUCUCAGUAAUCACACACCAACACCUAAUUCACCAGCGGCCUGGAUUGUUGGUAGAGAUAAAGUUAAGAUUGCAUAACACAUCAUUGAGUCGAUACCAACAUGUGUGUGUGAGAAAUAAAGACAGCAUGAGAGUGUAGGUGUGUGUGGGUGUGAAAUCUAGAAAGCAGCUUUUUUAAUACACACUCAUUUGUUGAUUAGGAAUAUUUGCCCCCAAGCGGCAAGCCUAAAAUCCUGACUGUCGUGUUGUUGUAGCCCAGUACUGUGAUUGGGAUUCAGUAUUAUACAUUUGCAGGUUUGAUAGUAAAUAAAAUAUGCAGAGCUAAUUAGCCAUGGCAGCAUUUUUUUUUCUUUCUUUCUUUUUUUUUUUUGCUUUUUAUCACAGCUCUCACUGCAGCUAAAGUCUUUCAGGAUCGAAAAGCACAAAUAUACGCAUCGCUGCCUUCUCAGAUUAAUUCCACACUGUGUAAAAAUUGUGCUCUCGGCUGUGAAGAAGUGCCAAAAAUCUGACCUGAACUGACGUUCCGAGUCAAAAAAAACAACAGCAAGAAAUGACCCAAGGUUUCUGUGAAGUUUGCACUGUGCAUGUGUUAUGAACUCACAGGGCUUGGAAACUUGACUAUAGUCUAUAAAUACAGCUGCUUUAGUUACAAAAGGCCAAAAACUGAACAGAGAAAGGGUGUAUCUUUCUAACACAAACUUCUUUCUCACGAACUAACACGGGCCAAUAUGACUUUGUGAGAAAGAAGCAGCACAGGGUGAGGACGUCCACUUAGCUGGGCGAGUAGAAAUAUGUUUGAUAGAUGGAGCUCCCCAUCACUGUUGCAUCAGAUGCAGUUUGGGCUUGACGGCAACUGUCUGCUUUCUUCCUCCUGGAUUUAGUUAAAUGAGCUUGCGUCUGUGGUUCUGAAUUCUACAGAAUGGACACAAAGGCACUGCUACAUAUUAGCCAUUGUAAUCAAUUAUAAAUUAGCGGUUUACUGAUGUGAUGAUUGGUGGGUCUUACAUUGCUACUGACAGUCAGAUCCAUGUGCAGGUUCUAGACAUGGUUCUAGACAUGGAUUUAUCUAGAUAAGAAGGCUAGAGGUGUUAGUUCUGUGGCCUGCAGUGCAAGGAUUAAAGCUUUUCUUCCAUUGAACACUGACACUUUUUAAUUGAACGCAGUGGCACGGGUUGCACUAGAAUUGUUUAGAAAUGAAACUUUAACAGAUUCCUGUGUUUAUAGAUGUUAUGGAUUCAGCAGCUGAAAAAGCUGAUUAGCAGGGAAUAUUUAAACGCAGGAAAUUUUGAUAAGAUGGAAAUAUAUGCAUGAUUUUAUGUAGAUGUAGAAAACAAUCAGUGAUGUACACAAAGUUUCUAGAGAAAUGGGACGUAACUGGUUUCAACUGGUUUCUCCUGCAGCUUUAGAAGCACUUUGCUUACACAGCUGCUGAUUUAUUUUUUUUUUUGUCCAAAAUGCCCUGUUUCUCUAGAAACUUCAUAUGCCAAUUAACUCUUACUACAUAAAUAAGUAAAUAAUUACUUGUGUACACUGCAGUUACUCCAUACAUACACUUGGGUCCAAUGUCUGAGACCAUUGUUGGGGAUUUUUUUCCAUUUAAAACCGGAUAUAAACAGAAAGUUCUAGAACUUUAGAAAAAUGUUCAAUAUCUUGAAUAUUCAGUAUUCAGGAUUCUGCACUAUUUCUAUGCCACUAUUUAAUUGUAAGCAAAUUUGUGAUAUUGACCAUGAUAACUUCUUUGUACAAAAGGUCAGAUUGUCCUUGUGUCUUAUUCCUUCCUUUAAAACACAUGUUCAGACGGCACUCCGGUGGAUUUGUUCUAACAUGGAUUGUCAGGUUUUACACAAACUCGUGGAGUCCAGGCCAGCUCGAGUGCACUCUGUCAUUAAAAAAAAAUACUAUCAAAUUCAUGUAAAUAUUUCUAAGAGUCUCCUUUUCACUCUAGUUGUUGCUGAUAAUAAUUAUCAGAUUAUCAGAUAAUAAUUAUAAAUUGAAACAUUUGCACUAUUGGUCUCAGACUUUUGGACCCUGCUGUGUAGAGUGUGUGUGAACAGAUUAGACGGGUAAAACCAUAGGAGUCUGAACUUGUUUGAACAGACAUCACACACACAGAGACUACUGCUGUGAAUUUGAGUUUAUUAUUUCAUAAAUGGAGCAAGCUGAUUCUUGUGAUUGUACCAGUUGUCAUUCAGUGCAGUCAGAUUUUAAAAUUGCACAAUAGUAUGUAAUAGUAUGUUCAUUUUAUUACAUACAGGAGCACAGUUCUCAAAAAAAUUUAAUCAUUGUUAUUUUUUUCAUUUUUGUAAUAGUUACAAUUUAUAUUUUCCUCAUAUAAAAAUGUGCUCCAAGGAUACGUUAUUUACCAGAAGGUAAUGAUUUAUACAAAGCUUUAACAUUACAAAGGAAUGGUGAAAAUACUGACUGAUACAAACUUUCCACACAGAUUAAUGAAGUACUCCAGUAAUUUUAACCUGAUCCAGGGCGUGUCUGUAUGUGUGUGUGUGUGUGUGUGUGUGUUUCCUAACAAUGGUUGGAGUACAGUGAACUUGGCUGGAACCUAAUUACAAUUCUGUUUCCUCAUUUUUACGACUGCUUUCACAUACUCAGUGUUUAGUCCAUUUGAAUUGUGUGAUCUCUUCUCUGGUGCUGAAAAGAACACCACAAUCACACUCAGGUGUGGACCAAAGCAACUUGUCCUAGUGAGGUGGUCUGUUUCCUUUCAGAGAAAGGAUCUGAAUACAGUGAGAAAGUGAUUCAACUGACCCGACUUCAGGAAGUGAACAAAAUGUACCGUGUGUUUUGUGUGUGUGUGUGUGUGUGUGUGUGUGAUUUCCAAAGACUCCUGUUUACACAUGUUUUUCCAAAUACUCACUGUGACUAAGUUGACCUUAAUUCUACAGAACCUAUAAACCAAAACUUUGUAACCCAAAUUCAGAACCGCAUCCAUUACAUUCUAACAAUUCUGAACCCACAGAUUCUAUAAAAUUCUAACUAAAAAUUAUAUAAUAAAUAUAAUAAUUCUAAAUAAAUAUAAUCAUUCCAUUCUAAAUCUACAGAUUCUAAAUAUUCUUAUUCUAAUGAUUGUAACUAAUGAUCUUAACUAAAUUUUCUAACUCUAAUGAUUCUAAAACUGCACAUUACAAAAUCCAAACUCUAAUGAUUCUAAUGAUUGUAACUCCAAGUAUAGCUGCAAGAGCCGAUCAUAGGGGUCCAAGCACUGUCAGCAAAUAUCGCCCCCAACCCCAGUGGCCAGUUCUUGCCAAGUUACAUAGAAUAAUAUAAAGUCCAUAGAUGAACAUACUUAUCAAGUUCUGUGAGUUUUGCUCAGUAUUACUUGGAUAAAAUGUCUGCUAAAAGCCGACUCACUGAAGGUGGCCAUGUUUUUGAAUUUCAGCUUAAUCAGACUUUUGGUGCCUGAGAAACAACUAUUUGAACUAAGCUCUUCCCCCAUUGACAUCCGUACCCCAAACACAGUUCCUCAUAACAUAAAGUUUCAUGUGAAUCCAUACAACCAGUCCUCAGUUACAGCUGUUUCAGUAAAUCAAGCUCCAACCGAAUAGAAUUUAUUGGUAUGUGGAGGCCAUGUUGUUUGCAAAUAUAAGCACGUUUUUAAUAAUUAUUGAGGAUUAGAUUCUGCUGUUGACACCAAUUUUGUGAACAUGAGCCAAAAAUCCUAGGACUAGUUUGCAAAAAUAUAUUUCACAUAUUAUGCAAAUUAUCAUAAUUUUGAGUGGGUGUGGCUAAAUGGUCCAAAAGGCAAAUGUUUGUGUGUUCAGGCAAAGGAUUAGGAGGAUAAAUAAAUGUAACUAUUAACCUUAUUUUUCUAGGGAUAUACUUGUUUUUGUGUUUUAAAAAAAAAAAGACAAAACAAACCAUGAAUAAUGCCCCCAGUAGCCAAUUUGCAUGACUUGACUAAUUUGUCCCUAGAGGAAAUUAGCAUUCAAGUUUCAUGAAAAUAGGUCAGUGGUAACCCUGUUAAAUGCUUAUUGACAUUGGAUUGGUUAAUGACAGCCAUGUUUUUUUUUUUAAGUAAUCAGAUCAUCAGCAAAGGUACACUUACAGAUUAGCACAGAGAUGCACUGUGCCAAAUUUCAGCUCAAUAGGACGUAAGGCUCCUGAGAAACAGUUAUAUGAAUUUAGCCCCGCCCCUUAUGUAUGGCCACUCCCAAAACUUUGUGUAUGACCUCAGAAUGUUGGCCUGUAUAUACCUUUCAGAUGUCGUGCAAAUCCAUGCAAACAAUCAUGAAUUGAAGCUGUUCGAGAAAAUUAGGCUCUGCCUCAUAAGCAUGUGACAGCCAUAUUGUUUACAAGUAUCAACAUGUGUUUGGUAGUUGUAGAAGUUUCCACUGUCGUGAGUAGUUUGACACCAAUUUUGUGAAUAUAGGCAAAAAUCCAAAUUUUGUUUGUGAGAUCCCAAGGAAUCAGUGGAAAAAUUUUCUUUGUAGGACUUAGGGUUCAUGAAAUAUGAACAUUUCCCAAAAUGUAAAACCAUCUGCUGUUGCACCACCAUCAGGCCUGUGUGGGUCCCUUUGUGUGCCUGAAUAGUGGGGGGCAUACUGCACCUUUCCUCCAAAUUUGGUGUUUCUACGACUUAUGGUCUUUACUCUCCAUACCGUUUUGGCAGAGAAUCACUACAAUAAUAA